UGGAGAAACCGAGGCUAUUUCUUUCAGGCAUUCAAACCGGAUGAGUUGGUCUCAACCCGGACCUGUCGGCUCCCUGGUUUUGUUUCACCGAUGAACACUUCCGCUUCGUCCGCAGCCGAACUGUCACAACGGGAGGAUGAACAAGGCGACAUGUAGCUCUUUAACUGAAAGAAAAACCAGGAGGCGGACAUGGAUUAUUCAUUGUAUCUAUGUGGUGGGCUUCAUGGACCUGUUUGGGGUGAGCAUGAUCAUCCCUCUGCUGAGCCACCAUGUGAAGUCUUUAGGAGCCAGUCGCACUGCGGCUGGGAUUGUAGGGUCCACAUAUGGGGUCUUACAGCUGUUCUCGAGCACACUAGUUGGCAGCUGGAGCGACGUGGUGGGACGGCAGUACUCGUUGCUGACUUGUCUCCUACUGAGCGCAUUAGGCUACGGUCUGCUGGGCAUGUCCACCAGCAUCACUUUGUUUGUUCUUGCACGGAUACCUGUGGGGCUGUUCAAGCACUCCCUCUCCAUCUGCAGAGCCCUGCUGUCUGACUUGGUGUCACCAUCAGAGCGCCCUCUGGUGAUGGGACAUUUUAAUGCAGCCUCUAGCGUUGGCUUCAUCUUGGGCCCUGUGGUGGGCGGAUACCUCACGGAGCACGAAGGCGGCUUCUACACGUCGUCCUUCACCUGCGCAGCCAUCUUCCUCAUUAAUGCUGGGCUGGUAUGGAUGCUUCCAUGGAGCGAGAUUGUGAUCCACCGUGCUGAUGCUAACUCGAGCACGAGUACAGUCUGUCACGACAACAACUUUAAUAACAAAUCUACACACAAUGGUUCUCAUGCAAACGCCUGCCACCCCGCCAUCGCAGCACAGGUGGAUGCAAAAGCUUCGCUGAAGGAUCAAGGUGGUUUCAGGUGGAGAGACUUGUCUAUUCCCCAAACCACCUGGAGACAGCUGUCGUCAGUGGCUUCCAAGAUCCACAUGGUGGCUACCUCAGACAUGUGGGACGUGUUGUUAGUGCGUCUUCUGAUGGCCAUAGCCAUCAUGCUCUACUACAGUAACUUCUCCCUGGCUAUGGAGGAGCGUUUUUCACUCAAGCCCAAGAUGACGGGCUACCUGAUCAGCUACAGCAGCACCUUAGGGGCCCUUGCAGGGUUUCUUGUGGGGCCAGUCACCAAACUCUAUGGCAAUAACAUGUCGGCUUUGCUGCUUCACUCCACGGUGCUCACAUGUUCCCUUAUUUUCCUUUACGCCACUGCACCCAGUGUGUGGCAGGUCCUGCUCACCUCCACCUUCUUUGCCAUUUCCACCACCAUCGGACGGACGUGUAUCACAGACCUGGAGCUGCAGAGGGGCGGGGCCCAGGCUAGCGGGACUCUAAUCGGAGCCGGGCAAUCGGUUACAGCUGUGGGUCGCGUGGUGGCACCUCUCCUCUCUGGCCUGGCUCAGGAGUUCAGCCCGUGCGGACCCCCGAGCCUCGGAGUGGUCCUGGCUCUUGCGGCUGUGUGUUUACUGCUCAUUCGACUCCCAAAGUGGGAUGGGCGAGGGAAGGUGAAAACAGCCACACUCUGACAACAAGUCAGCGACUCACUUUAAAUAAUGGUCCAGUUCCACCAUUUGGAGAAGUGUUCUUUUUUGUCCUCGGUGAAGGUCGACCAAAAAAAAAAAAAAGCAGCAGAGUCGGGCUCUUUUCUGACGUGACACCUCUGCAAAACUGUAUGUGUGCUGAAGCACCAGUUAAAAUGGUUCUUCACCACUGGAGCUGCAGUCUUCCUUAUCAGGGAUUCAAAAUUUACCUGAUGUGCCAAGGAGAGGGCUGCAGAGUACGGUCUGGUUCCUGCUGUGCUGAUGUCUGAGUGAACAUAACAGUCAUAGAAUGGGACAUUUUUCAGUUGUCUUGGGUGUGUGUCUGGUACCCAAGUGGAAUGAGACCCUGUCAGUCAAUGUGGCCCAUAAAAGUCAUCACAGAAGUAAAAGACACUUCAUAUGUAGCAGUUAUUUUGUUCCCACAUUUUAAGUCUCAGCAGUAUCAUGUCACCUUAAUAUGUUCUGUCCAUGCAUCUGUUUUCUGUGGAGGCCAAUAAGGUUCACACACAACACAUCCGAAUUAAUGCUGCAUUCACAC